AUGGCCGUCAAUCCUGAGAUUCAACCGUCCGUCUCGGCCAACAAUACUCGUCCGGCUGUACUAGGCCAUGUGGCAUAUAAAGAAUCGGCACUCGGAAUGUGGGAGCCAUCACAGAAUGACCACCUCAACUCCAACAUAAAGGCCCUAUCAGUUCUUGGCGACAGUCCCCAGGAUGCAAUCCAACUAAACAGCAGCUUGGAAGUAAGCAGCCAGCAGUUCAAACCACUCUCAGUUGGUCUUCGAGAUCAAUUGCUGCUAUUAACCCUGAACGCCUGUAAACCAGAGAGUAAACUGGCCAUCAUUAGAGCAUUCCCCCACUCAGAGAUCCUGUCUAAGCUCAUCGAGAGCUUCUUCUCUCACCACCGUGUCCAAAUUGACUCGUGGAUACAUGGCUCUUCGUUCGAGCCAAACCAACAGGGCGCAGAGCUUAUUCUCACCAUUGUCAACAUGGGAACCAUGUUCGCGGAUUCUAAGAUCUUGCAUUCUCUUGGCUUUGCGCUGCAUGAAGUAGCUCGUUUGUCGUUACCUGUGAUGUUUGAGCGAGCAAAUUCUAUGACUAGAGCGCUGUGGGCUCUACAAGCGUUUGUUCUGGACAUUGAGAUGGGUUUGUGGAGUGGAAUCAAGAGGAAGAUGGAAAUUGCAGAAAGCCAGCGCCAGAUGCCUUUCACGAUGCUACGGCGUGGUAGAAGAUUUAGCAAAACCUACACCCCCGCUGAUCCCCCUUUGUCAGACGACACAGGCGAAACUUUGCAGAGCAAGUGGCUUGCCUGGGUUGAGCAAGAGAAUUACAACAGACUUACUUAUCACUGCUUUGUUAUGGAUACUCAAGUUAGUAUUGCCAUGUCGACAUGUCCCUUGAUAUCCUUCUCAGAGCUCAAGACGCCUCUGCCAGAGUCUAGUGAUCUAUGGCUUGCCAAAGAUGCAGAAGCAUGGAAAACCAUUUACUUGAGGCAGCAGCGCCAACAAACAAGGGUCACACUGUACGACUACUUUCGCAAUGCUGCAGAAAUCGACAGCAGCUAUGAUAUUUCGUUUUGUCAGCUUGUAGUCCUUUCGGGUAUCUGGGGAAUGGUUUGGCAGUGUCUCCAGAGCAUCGCCGUGCUAGACAAGCCGAGACACUCGGACCCAGCGUUGACUCUCCGGCAGCAAGAGAUCCUCCAGAUACUGCAUCGGUUUCGCGUUAACAUGAUGGGGGAUGAGGCAAAUUGGCACGAUGGUCAGGUAACCAUGAUAUACCAUCUGGUGUAUAUGCACUUACACAUUCCUUUUGAGGAAGUUGAGCUGUUUGCGGGCAAGGGACAUCAGAGUGAUGCUCGGCACGCUCUGUCUGUACUGUUAGACUGGACCAACAGCCCUGAGUCACGGAAAGCAAUUUGGUACGCGGGCCAAAUUAUAAGAGCAGCGGAGACGUUCGAGCCUGGUCGACUCCGGGGCUUUUAUACUAUUGCGCUAUAUCAGGCGAACCUUGCCCUCUGGGCCUAUGCAGUGGUAUCGCAGGUCAAGGGGGCAAAUAAGAAUGACUCCAUUCUUACCAAUGAGGAGAUGGUUUGUCUGAACGGGCCGGAAUCUCCACUCGUGCAGAGGUUCAUCAGCCGAGGGGUGCCUUCGGUUGCAGUCAUCCAGCCAUCUGUACCGCAACACGGCGGUUCUCCCAUUCGGCUGAUGGACCGAGAGGCGGUUGUGAACUAUGUUCUCGGCAUCUUGAGUGCUAAUUUCUCGCACGUCGAGGCUGUGCCGCCUUUGGUCGAGAACCUUGAGCAGCUUCUGGACAAACUGGGCCGAGCCGAAAUUGACGUGUAG